GAGGAGGAGCCGGAGGGGGCGCGGCCUGCUCCCCGUCCCUCCCGGGCGCCGGGCCUGCUUCUCCGCCGGGCGCAGGGCUGGCGGCCGGCGGGGGUCGCGGCGGCGGGGCGCUGGCGGGCCGCGGGCGGCGGGGGCCGGGCCCGGGCCGCGGGCGCUAAAGACAAGAUGGCGGCGGCGCUGUGGCGGCCGGUCUCCUCCUCUUCGCGGCUGCCCUCCGCCCCGCCGCUCGCCGUCUCCUCCUCCUCGGUCUCCUCCUCCCGGCUCGCAGCCUCCUCCUCCUCCCCCCCUCCUCCUCCCGCCGCUGCAGCAGCCCUAGCGACCGCCCGAGCGCCGGCCCGCUCUCCCGGAGCUCGGCCGGGGGCUAGACCCGGCCGCGGCGGGCGCGGGCGAGCGAGGCCGCGCUGGGGCCCGGGCGGGGGCGCCGGCGGCGGCGUCGGCGGCGGCGCCGGGUGGGGAUGGGGUCGCAGACGCUGCAGAUCCUCCGGCAGGGGGUGUGGGCCGCGCUCAGCGGGGGCUGGUACUACGACCCGCACCAGGCCACCUUCGUGAACGCGCUGCACCUCUACCUGUGGCUCUUUCUGCUCGGCCUGCCCUUCACCCUCUACAUGGCUCUUCCUUCUUCCAUGAUUAUAGUAGCAGUUUAUUGUCCUGUGAUAGCUGCUGUUUUCAUUGUCCUGAAGAUGGUUAACUAUCGACUCCACAGAGCACUUGAUGCUGGAGAAGUUGUAGAUAGGAAUGCAAAUGACUUCACAGAUCAUCGAGCCAAAGCUGAACAAGGCAACUGUUCAACUAGGAGAAAAGACAGCAAUGGACCCAGUGAUCCUGGUGGAGGGAUUGAAAUGUCUGAGUUCAUUCGAGAGGCCACACCCCCAGUUGGUUGCAGUUCAAGAAAUUCUUAUGCCGGUCUAGAUCCAAAUAACCAGAUUGGAUCUGGUUCCUCUCGGCUUGGGACAGCGGCAACUAUCAAAGGAGAUACAGACACUGCUAAGACUUCUGAUGAUAUCAGUUUAAGUCUAGGCCAAAGCUCUAGUCUUUGUAAGGAAGGAAGUGAAGAACAAGAUCUGGCAACUGAUCGGAGGCUCUUCCGUCUGGUCUCCAAUGAUUCCUUCAUCUCCAUUCAGCCUUCCUUAUCCUCUUGUGGACAGGACUUACCAAAGGACUUAAGUGACAAAGUGAGCCUGCCAAGUCACAGCCACCACCACCACGUCGAUCAGUCUCUGUCCAGUGCCUGUGACACAGAAGUUGCUUCUCUUGUCCCUUUACAUUCACACUCAUACAGGAAGGAACACCGGCCGCGGGGUGUCCCACGGACUUCUAGCUCUGCUGUGGCUUUUCCAGACACUUCACUGAAUGACUUCCCUUUGUAUCAACAAAGACGUGGGUUAGAUCCAGUGAGUGAGUUAGAAUCUUCUAAGCCUCAUUCUGGAUCCAAGGAAUCCCUGGUGGAAAAUUCUUGUUUAUCUGGGGAAUUUCAGCUUGUUGGUGAGUUGAAAAGCAGUCAUUCUCAGCCACCUACAAAAAGUGGAAAGGGCAGACCUUUGAAAGCUGACAAAAGUAUGGACAGCUUGAGGAGCCUGAGCACCAGGAGUAGUGGGUCAACAGAGAGUUAUUGCAGUGGAACGGACCGUGACACUAACAGUACUGUUAGCAGCUAUAAAAGUGAACAGACCAGCUCAACACACAUAGAGAGCAUCUUGUCAGAGCAUGAGGAGUCUCCUAAAACAGGAAAGAAAAGUGAUAGGAAAAAGGAAUGCUGUGCUGACUCUGAGGACAAGAGUAGCUGUACCAGUGACAAACGGACUAGUAGUGAAAAGACUGCCUUGGAAGUGAGUACAAAUAGCGGGGUUCAGGAGGCCAAGGAUUCUAAUGCUUCUGAUGACGUGCAUAAUCAGAGAGGUCUCAGCACCUCUGCAUCUGAAGAAGUCAAUAAAAACCCCCAUGCAAAUGAAUUUAGUUCACAGGCGGACAGACCACUGGGGAAAACUGCUGAAAAGGAAGAAGAGCAGAGUGAUAAGUCAGCUGUUUCAGUGGAUUCAAUAAUUGGUAAAGAUGGUGAUAGAAAGCAAAAGGAAGGGGAUGUACGCCCUAAAUCCUCAAGCUUAAUCCACCGGACAACUUCUUCACAUAAGUCUGGGAGGAGACGGACAGGAAAAAAGCGGGCCAGCAGUUUUGACUCAAGUCGGCAUAAAGAUUAUGUUUCAUUUCGAGGUGUUUCUGGCACCAAGCCACAUAGUGCUAUAUUCUGUCAUGAUGAGGAUUCUAGUGACCAAAGUGACUUGAGCAGAGCAUCCAGUGUUCAGUCUGCUCACCAGUUCAGCAGCGAUAGCUCAUCUAGCACCACUUCUCAUUCGUGUCAGUCUCCUGAGGGCAGAUACAGUACUCUGAAGACCAAACAUGUCCCUAAAGAAAGGGGCCCUGACUCUGAAAACACACACAAAGCUCAUCUGGGUCCUGAAGGAACUGGCAAAAAGAGGACAACACGGCGGACUUCCAGCACAAAUAGUGCCAAGACUCGGGCACGAGUGUUGAGCUUGGACAGUGGCACAGUGGCAUGUUUGAAUGAUUCUAACAGGUUGAUGGCACCUGAAAAUAUAAAACCCUUAACCACUUCAAAAUCAGAUCUUGAGGCCAAAGAGGGAGAGGUGCUAGAUGAGCUAUCUUUAUUGGGACGGGCUUCCCAGUUAGAGACCGUCACUCGAUCUAGGAAUAGCUUGCCAAACCAGGUUGCAUUUCCUGAAGGUGAAGAGCAAGAUGCAGUCAGUGGAGCAGCACAGGCCAGCGAGGAGGCGGUGGCAUUUCGCCGUGAACGCAGCACAUUUAGGCGCCAGGCAGUGCGGCGCCGGCACAAUGCAGGGAGUAACCCUACCCCUCCUACAUUGCUCAUCGGAUCACCCCCAAGCCUUCAAGAUGGUCAGCAAGGCCAGCAGUCCACAGCCCAGGUCAAAGUCCAGUCCCGCCCCCCUUCCCAGACUGCAGUGCUCAGUUCUAGUGCCUCCUUGCUGGUGAGAAAUGGGAGUGUCCACUUAGAAGCACCACAUGACAAUGCAUCUGCUGUAGGAGGCAGCAGUUUGCACGAUGAACUUGGUAAGUUCUCUUCUACGCUUUAUGAGACUGGUGGCUGUGAUAUGUCACUUGUGAAUUUUGAACCAGCAGCAAGGAGAGCAUCCAAUAUCUGUGACACGGAUUCUCAUGUAUCCAGUUCUACCUCAGUUCGAUUUUAUCCACAUGAUGUGCUCUCUCUUCCACAGAUUCGAUUGAACAGACUAUUAACCAUCGAUACAGAUUUGUUGGAGCAGCAAGACAUUGAUCUAAGCCCUGACUUGGGCACUACUUAUGGUCCAACAGAAGAGGCUGCCCAAAAAGUUAAACACUAUUACCGCUUUUGGAUCCUGCCACAGCUGUGGAUUGGCAUUAACUUUGACAGACUCACACUUUUGGCUUUGUUUGAUAGAAAUCGUGAGAUCCUAGAAAAUGUGUUAGCUGUCAUCCUGGCUAUUCUUGUGGCUUUUUUGGGCUCUGUUCUUCUCAUUCAAGGCUUCUUCAGAGAUAUAUGGGUCUUCCAAUUCUGCCUGGUGAUAGCCAGCUGUCAAUAUUCACUACUUAAGAGUGUUCAACCAGAUUCUUCUUCUCCCAGACAUGGUCAUAAUCGUAUCAUUGCCUACAGUAGGCCAGUUUACUUCUGCUUAUGUUGUGGUCUUAUUUGGCUCUUGGAUUAUGGUAGCAGAAACCUUACUGCAACCAAAUUCAAAUUAUAUGGAAUAACUUUCACCAAUCCACUGGUGCUUAUAUCAGCCAGGGAUUUAGUUAUAGUGUUUACACUCUGUUUCCCAAUAGUAUUUUUCAUUGGUCUCCUGCCUCAGGUGAAUACAUUUGUGAUGUACCUCUGUGAACAAUUGGAUAUUCAUAUCUUUGGUGGUAAUGCCACUACAAGCCUGCUAGCAGCACUUUACAGCUUUAUCUGUAGCAUUGUGGCAGUGGCCUUGCUAUAUGGUUUGUGUUACGGCGCUUUAAAGGAUUCCUGGGAUGGCCAGCAUAUUCCAGUACUUUUCUCUAUUUUUUGUGGCUUGUUAGUGGCAAUAUCCUAUCAUCUCAGCAGACAAAGCAGUGAUCCAUCUGUACUUUUCUCUUUGGUGCAAUCCAAGAUUUUUCCAAAAUCAGAAGAUAAAAAUCCAGAAGACCCUUUGUCUGAAGUAAAAGAUCCACUGCCUGAAAAACUUAGAAAUUCUGUUAGUGAGCGUUUACAGUCUGACCUAGUAGUGUGCAUUGUAAUGGGUGUGCUGUAUUUUGCUAUUCAUGUAAGCACAGUGUUCACAGUAUUACAGCCUGCUCUCAAGUAUGUAUUGUAUGCACUGGUUGGCUCUGUGGGCUUUGUAACCCAUUACGUCCUGCCUCAAGUUAGAAAACAGCUACCAUGGCACUGCUUCUCUCACCCGCUACUGAAGACAGUAGAGUAUAAUCAAUAUGAAGUUCGAAAUGCAGCCACUAUGAUGUGGUUUGAGAAACUUCAUGUGUGGCUUCUUUUUGUGGAGAAGAAUAUCAUCUAUCCGUUGAUUGUUCUCAAUGAACUUAGUAGCAGUGCAGAGACUAUUGCUAGCCCCAAAAAACUGGAUAUAGAAUUAGGUGCUUUAAUGAUCACCAUUGCUGGUCUGAAGUUGCUACGAUCCUCUUUUAGCAGCCCCACCUACCAGUACGUUACAGUCAUCUUUACUGUGCUCUUUUUCAAAAUUGACUAUGAAGCUUUCUCAGAGACUAUGCUUUUGGAUCUCUUCUUCAUGUCCAUACUCUUCAACAAGCUUUGGGAGCUCCUUUAUAAAUUACAAUUUGUGUACACCUACAUUGCCCCAUGGCAGAUUACCUGGGGUUCUGCUUUUCAUGCUUUUGCUCAACCCUUUGCAGUGCCUCAUUCAGCCAUGCUGUUUGUUCAGGCUGCUGUAUCAGCCUUCUUUUCUACUCCCCUAAAUCCCUUUCUGGGAAGUGCAAUAUUCAUCACUUCAUAUGUUCGGCCUGUGAAAUUCUGGGAAAGAGACUAUAACACAAAACGAGUGGAUCAUUCAAAUACCAGGUUGGCUUCCCAGCUUGAUAGAAAUCCAGGAUCAGAUGACAACAAUCUGAAUUCCAUCUUUUAUGAACAUUUAACCAGAUCCCUACAACACAGUCUCUGUGGUGAUUUGCUCCUUGGACGGUGGGGAAACUACAGCACAGGGGACUGUUUCAUUCUUGCCUCAGACUACCUCAACGCACUUGUACACCUUAUAGAGAUAGGCAAUGGACUGGUCACUUUCCAGCUGCGAGGACUAGAAUUCAGAGGUACUUAUUGUCAACAACGGGAAGUAGAGGCCAUUACUGAAGGUGUUGAAGAAGAUGAAGGAUUUUGCUGUUGUGAACCUGGCCAUAUUCCUCAUGUGCUUUCAUUUAAUGCUGCAUUUAGCCAGCGCUGGCUAGCUUGGGAAGUGAUAGUAACUAAGUAUAUCCUGGAGGGUUAUAGUAUCACUGACAAUAGUGCUGCUUCUAUGCUUCAAGUCUUUGAUCUCCGGAAAGUGCUCACUACUUACUAUGUUAAGGGUAUCAUUUAUUAUGUUACAACCUCUUCUAAGUUAGAGGAGUGGCUCGCUAAUGAGACAAUGCAGGAAGGACUGCGUCUAUGUGCGGAUCGAAAUUAUGUUGAUGUAGACCCAACAUUUAAUCCAAACAUUGAUGAAGACUAUGACCAUCGGCUAGCAGGCAUAUCCAGGGAGAGUUUCUGUGUGAUUUACCUCAAUUGGAUAGAAUAUUGUUCUUCCCGAAGAGCAAAGCCACUGGACGUGGACAAAGAUUCAUCCCUGGUGACUCUUUGUUAUGGACUCUGUGUUCUGGGACGGAGAGCUUUGGGCACUGCAUCUCAUCAUAUGUCCAGUAAUUUAGAGUCAUUCCUCUAUGGAUUGCAUGCCCUGUUUAAGGGAGAUUUCCGUAUUUCUUCAAUUCGAGAUGAAUGGAUAUUUGCUGACAUGGAAUUGCUAAGAAAAGUAGUAGUCCCUGGAAUCCGUAUGUCCAUUAAACUUCAUCAGGAUCAUUUCACUUCUCCGGAUGAGUAUGAUGACCCUACUGUGCUCUAUGAAGCCAUUGUAUCUCAUGAAAAAAACCUAGUAAUAGCCCACGAAGGGGACCCUGCAUGGCGGAGUGCGGUCCUUGCCAACUCACCCUCCUUGCUUGCUUUGCGGCACGUCAUGGAUGAUGGCACCAAUGAAUACAAAAUCAUCAUGCUCAACAGACGCUACCUUAGCUUCAGGGUCAUUAAGGUGAAUAAGGAAUGUGUUCGAGGCCUUUGGGCAGGACAACAGCAGGAACUUGUUUUUUUACGUAACCGUAACCCAGAGAGAGGGAGCAUCCAAAAUGCAAAGCAAGCCCUGAGAAACAUGAUAAACUCAUCUUGUGAUCAACCCAUCGGCUACCCAAUCUUUGUCUCACCUCUGACAACUUCUUAUUCUGAUAGCCACGAGCAGCUUAAAGAAAUUCUUGGGGGACCUAUCAGCUUGGGAAAUAUCAGAAACUUCAUAGUGUCAACCUGGCACAGGUUAAGGAAAGGUUGUGGAGCUGGAUGUAACAGUGGUGGCAAUAUUGAAGAUUCUGAUACUGGAGGUGGAAAUUCCUGCACCAGUAACAAUGCAACAACUGCCAAUGAUCCUCAUAGCAAUAUGUCCCAAGGAAGCACUGGAAAUCCAGGCCAGGGAUCAGGAACAGGACUCCAUCCACCAGUCACAUCUUACCCUCCAACACUAGGCACGAGCCACAGCUCUCAUUCUGUACAGUCAAGCCUGGUCAGACAGUCCCCUGCUCGGGCCUCAGUGGCCAGCCAGUCUUCUUACUGCUACAGCAGCCGGCAUUCGUCUCUCCGGAUGUCCACCACAGGAUUUGUGCCUUGUCGGCGUUCUUCCACCAGUCAGAUAUCACUUCGAAACUUACCGUCAUCCAUCCAGUCCCGCCUCUCUAUGGUGAACCAGUUGGAACCCUCCAGUCAGAAUGGCAUGGCCUGCGUACAGCAUGGCCUUCCUUCUUCCAGCAGCUCCAGCCAAAGCAUCCCUGCCUGCAAGCAUCACACUCUUGUGGGCUUUCUUGGAACAGAGGGAGGUCAGAGCAGUGCCAUUGAUGCACCACCAGGCAAUACCUUAAGUCCUGCCAGUAAUUCACAUGCCAAAAAGGGGGAAGUCAUUUACAGAGUUCAAAUUGUAGAUCCCAGUCAAAUUUUGGAUGCGAUCAACCUAUCAAAAAGGAAAGAGCUGCAGUGGCCUGAUGAGGGAAUUCGGUUAAAAGCUGGAAGAAACAGCUGGAAAGACUGGAGUCCUCAGGAGGGCAUGGAAGGCCAUGUGAUUCACCGAUGGGUGCCUUGCAGCCGAGAUCCAGGUACUAGAUCCCACAUCGACAAGACAGUGCUUCUGGUCCAGAUUGAUGAUAAAUAUGUGACUGUCAUUGAAACUGGGGUACUAGAACUUGGGGCUGAAGUGUGAGCCGGUGUUUUAUAGCUACAUUUCUUUUCCCUCUCAAUUCUAAAACACUGGAAAGAGAGGAGAAAACAGAGAUGCCUGCAGGUAUCACUUUGAUCCUAGAUGGGAGAGACUUGAACAUAGAGUGGGCUUGGUCAAGCACCUCUCCUGUGCCCUUCACCCUGACCCCUGUCACUGUCUCCAUCCUGAAAUAAAGCUGAAAUAUUUUUUUAAGUUAGCUGCAGAGAAAACAUUUUGCAUGAAGGAUAAAAAUUAAGUUCUCUUAAAAU